GGCCCGUUUAAACUAUUUAUUUAUUUUUUUCUAAUUUAUUUAUGAUGUAUUUAUUGAAGAUGCUGCUUGCCGUGGCGGCGCUGGCCACGUUGUUGUGUCAGGGCUCGUGCUCGGGCGUGUUCGAGCUGCGCCUGCAGGAGUUCCUCAACAAGAAGGGCGCGCAGGGCAACAAGAACUGCUGCGGCGGCGGCGGCGGGGGGUCUCCGCCCUCCUCCUCGUCGCAGCAGUGCGCCUGCCAGACCUUCUUCCGUGUGUGCCUGAAGCACUACCAGCCCAACGCGUCGCCCGAGCCGCCCUGCACCUACGGCGGCGCCGUGACGCCCGUGCUGGGCGCCAACUCCUUCCUGGUGCCCGACGUCAUCCCGGAAAGCUCAUUUAGCAACCCCAUCAGGAUCAAGUUCGGCUUCACUUGGCCGGGGACCUUCUCGCUCAUCAUCGAGGCACUGCACACUGACUCCAAAGAGGACUUGUCCACAGAGAACCCGGAGCGCGUGAUCAGCACCAUAAGCACGCAGCGCCACUUGACGGUGGGCGAGGAUUGGUCGCAGGACCUCCACACGGCCGGACGCACGGAGCUCAAGUACGCGUACCGCUUCGUGUGCGACGAGCACUACUACGGCGACGGAUGCUCCGUCUUCUGCCGGCCCCGUGACGACGCCUUCGGCCACUUUACGUGCGGAGAGCGCGGCGAGAUCGUGUGCGACGCCGGCUGGAAAGGGCAAUAUUGCACCGAGCCAAUCUGCCUGCCAGGCUGCGACGACGAGCACGGCUUCUGCGAGAAGCCCGGCGAGUGCAAGUGCCGGGUGGGCUUCAAGGGGCGCUACUGCGACGAGUGCAUCAGAUACCCGGGCUGCCUCCACGGGACGUGCCAGCAGCCCUGGCAGUGUAACUGUCAGGAGGGCUGGGGGGGCCUCUUCUGCAACCAAGACCUGAACUACUGCACCCACCACAAGCCGUGCAUGAAUGGAGCCACUUGUAGCAACACGGGCCAGGGCAGCUACACCUGCUCCUGCAGGCCCGGCUUCACGGGCGCCAGCUGCGAGCUCCAAGUCAACAAAUGCGCUGGGAACCCCUGCCGCAACGGCGGCAGCUGCACCGACUUGGAGAACACAUACAGGUGCGAGUGCCCUCACGGUUUCUAUGGUAACAACUGCGAGCUGAGCGCCAUGACAUGCGCCGACGCGCCAUGCUCCAACGGCGGGCGCUGCAGCGACAACCCAGACGGCGGCUAUUUCUGCCAGUGCCCGACCGGGUACGCCGGCUUCACCUGCGAGAAGAAGAUCGACCACUGCACUUCCGGGCCCUGCUCCAACGGCGCUCGUUGCGUGGAUCUGGUCAACUCGUACCUGUGCCAGUGCCCGGACGGCUUCACGGGCAUGAACUGCGACCACAGCGGUGACGAGUGCUCCUCGUACCCCUGCCAGAACGGCGGCACCUGCCAGGAAGGCCUCCGCGGCUACACCUGCACCUGCCCGCCGGGCUACACGGGGCGCAACUGCAGCUCGCCCAUCAGCCGCUGCGAGCACAACCCGUGCCACAAUGGCGCCACCUGCCACGAGAGGAACAACCGCUACGUCUGCGCCUGUGCCCCGGGUUACGGCGGACGCAACUGCCAGUUCUUGCUCCCGGAGCACGCCGCCAUCCGAGGCACCGAGGUGCCCUGGAUGGCGGUGGGGUCCGGGGUGGCUCUAGUGCUCCUGCUACUGGCAGGGUGCGCCGUGCUCGUCGGAUUCUUCCGCUCCAAAGUCCAACGUGAUGGCCCCGGAGAAGUGGGCGGCGAGGGUGAAACCAUCAACAACCUGACCAAUAACUGCCAACGUGGCGAGCGGGAUAGCACGGUGGUGUCGACUCCGGGAGUGAAAAAUAUCAACAAAAAGAUGGACUUGUGCGGCGGGGGGGAUCCUGACGAGGGGGCGGCACCGGGGCGGCGCAGUCGCACGAGCAGGCCCCCGCCCGCCGAAUACAACCUGGUGCGCGAAGUCAACUACGAGCAGGCUGCCAAAGACAUCAUGUUGGAGGCGGCCUGCCAGGACAAAUGCCAAUCCCUGGACUCGUUUGAGUUUGAGGAAAAACACAGCCAUCGCUUAAAAUGCGAAACGUCAGAAAAGAAUAGCCCAGAAACGUCUGCAUGUGCGGACAACAAGUACAAAUCUGUGUUUGUCAUGUCGGAGGAGAAGGACGAAUGUAUAAUUGCAACUGAGGUGUAAAGGGGCCGGCGACGGGCUCGCUCAUUUUUGCUAUAUGGGAGAAUUUUUACGCUCCUGGAUGAGAUGCUGCUCUAAGCUCGCUGCUGCUGCUGCUGAGACCUUUGACUGAUAUUCAGACUGAGCUGGUUCUCGACUGGAAACUUCGGUGGCCUGCGGGAUCGGAACUGGCGGGGUCGUGUAAGGGGGGCGGGGGGGAUGUCAAGUUUACGGUUAAACGUAAACGGCCACUUAGCUUUCUGUUCUGCCUCUUUGUCUGGCAUUGGGGGGGUACAAAUGAUGAGAAAUAUUAAAUGGAAGGUAUGAGAAAUGAUGGGGGGGGGAGGCGCCGAUAUAGGUUUUUUUUGUUUGUUUGUUUGUUUUUUUGCAACAUUUGCACCCAGGCCUUUUUUCUCAAACCCAGCAACCGCAUCAAAUGGGGGAUGUUUGGCCAUACUGGCCUCUUUGUAAAAAAAAUAAUAAAAAAGAAAUCAACAAAAAAGAAAACGAGCGGUCGCUCUAUGAACUCUGAAGUUUUUUGCCCUUCAAGCUUGUAUUGUCCUUUUCUUCCUCCAAACGCUUUCUCAUGCAGCCUGUCCUUUUUGUAACACAUAUAUAGAGAGAAAAAACGAGAAAAAGUUAUGAUUUAAUUUAAGCUAAUUUAAGCAUUUUGUGUUAUUAUUAUUUUAUAUUGUAUAUUUGUGAUUGUUUGUCAGGAUUAUUUAAAUUGCUUUCUUUUAACGGAUAUUUUGCAAAGGCACUUCAGGUCAAUGGGGGUUAAAAAAAAAAGUUAUUUAAGUGGGAUUGUGCUGUACAUUGUAUUCUUCUACUCUUUGUCAAUGAAGGAAUUAGCCAAGACUAU